AUGGAAGCUCCUCUCUCACAAAGCUGCAGGUCUUCUUCAAAUUUAUUUACCUUUGAGCCUAUUGAUCUCAUGCAAACUCAACACAGGAUUGAGCAUAGGCGAAAAAAUUCUUAUAUCAGAAUAAGCAUAAAACAACAAAAGCCAACAAAUUCAGUUGUAAAGAAGCAGCAAUCUUCUAUAAAAUUAAAAGGCAAGCAGACUUUAACAAAUGCUAUGAGUUGUCGAAAACUGAUUAGCUCUGAUUGUCUAAGCAAUAAUUUUACUCAAACAUAUAAGCCGCAAUUAUUGAUUAAGAAAAUUCCUUUAAUUAAUUCCAGGCAAUUGACUGAUAGAAAAAGCAAUAAAAUUCCAACUUAUAGGAAUUCUUUGAAAUUUAAUUAUGGCAGUCAAUUCAAUGAGUUUCAAAAUUUUGAAGCUGAAGAAGCAAAAUUAGAGAUGCUUAAAAUAGUUAUUCAGUCGCCAAAAAUUGAAAACACAGCUGAAUCAUCUUCUGAUGAGGAAAUUUAUGAGCCAAAAUAUUCUUUAUAA